UGAUGUUGGUUUGUUUUUCAAUCAAAGGCAUCUCUAUCUUAAAAUAUGUAGGAUACACUUAUUAUUUAACCCGUGAGCGUUGUAUGCUUACAUGACAAGUGACACGGUUUAACCGAGUCGACGCCGGGGGCCCGGCAGCAACAACAUCAUCAAUAAUACGGACAUAGCUAUCAAGGAUACAUUCGCACUGAGCCAAUUAGCGAAGGCAGAAUUGUUUUUUAAUUCGUCAAGCGGGAGACAUAAUUUAGUGACAGUGGUUUACAAAUAUCCUUCUAACGGUGUGAUGUGUGUAUGUGAGCCUGGUGUUGGCAAGUAGCAGAAUAACCACCCAGGAGGAUGAAUGCAGAGGAAGUGGAGCUGCUCAGUGACUCCAAGUACAGGAAUUAUGUGGCGGCGGUGGACAAGGCCCUCAAGAACUUUGAGUACUCUAGCGAAUGGGCAGACCUCAUCUCUGCACUGGGCAAACUCAACAAGGUAUUGCAAAGCAAUGCCAAGUACCAGGUGGUGCCCAAGAAGCUGACGAUAGGCAAGCGUCUGGCUCAAUGCCUCCACCCAGCUCUGCCCAGCGGGGUGCACCGCAAGGCCCUGGAGACCUACGAGAUCAUCUUCAAGAUCAUAGGGCCCAAGAGGCUGGCCAAAGACCUCUUCCUCUACAGCUCUGGGCUGUUCCCUCUACUCUCCAAUGCUGCUAUGUCUGUGAAGCCGGUGCUGCUGGGCCUGUAUGAGACCUACUACCUGCCCCUGGGAAAGACCCUCAAACCUGGCCUGCAGGGGCUGCUGACUGGAGUACUACCGGGCCUGGAGGAGGGCUCUGAAUACUAUGAUAGGACCAACACGUUGCUGGAGAAGGUGGCUGCGGCGGUGGAGCAGUCGGCCUUCUACAGUGCUCUGUGGGGCAGCAUCCUGACCAGCCCCGCCGUGCGUCUGCCCGGGGUCACUUUUGUUCUGCUGCACCUCAACCGCAAACUCUCUAUGGAGGACCAGCUCUACGUCAUGGGCAGCGACAUCGAGCUCAUGGUGGAGGCAGUCAGCACAUCGGUGCAGGACUCCAGUGUUCUGGUCCAGAGGAGCACCCUGGACCUGAUCCUCUUCUGCUUCCCAUUUCACAUGAGUCAGGCCACCAGUCCAGACAUGAUUCGGAUCCUCUCUGCAGCGCUGCACGUGGUUCUGAGGAGGGACAUGUCACUCAACCGCAGACUAUACGCCUGGCUGCUGGGCUUUGACAACAAUGGUGUGAGGACAGGCCCUCGCAGCUCUCGACAGAGCAACCCUGAGGACCACGCUACCCACUAUUUCAAUACCUACUCCAAGGACAUGCUGGUCCAGGCAAUGGUGGGGAUCCUGCAAGGGAAGGCCCGAGGCGGGGAGGAGGAGAGCGUCCUGAUGCAUGACCUCAAGCCUUUCCGCAUUCUCAUCAGRCUGCUGGACAAACCUGAACUCGGACCAGCCAUCCUGGAGGACGUGCUGAUCGAGGUGUUCAGGACAUUACACACACAGUGCCGAGCAGAGCUGGACCUGCAGAACCACCACCCGUUCAGCAAGGACCAUGCUCAUCUCAGCAGCAAACUGCGGGAGAACAAGAAAACUGCAGAGCUUAUCAAAACGGCCAAUCUCCUCUUCAACUCUUUUGAGCCGUACUACAUGUGGGACUACAUCGCUCGCUGGUUGGAGGACUGCUGCAGGAAGGCAAAGAAUGGACCAGGGAAUGCUGGGAGCACAGAGUCCUCAGGGCUCUCAUUGGUGGAGUUCUGUCAGCUGGUGGACUUCCUACUGGACAUUGUGUCCUUGGAGACCUACAUAGAGAUCCAGACGGAGCACCUUCCCCAGCUGCUGCUGCGCAUGGUGUCUGCCCUGACCUCUCACCUCCCGGCCCUGGGCCUUGGGGAGCUCACCCACUGCCUGCGCCUCUGCUCCAAGAUCCUCAGCAAGGUGCAGCCCCCCCUGGGGCUGUCCCUGCCCACGGGCCCCCUCGCCUCCACAGUCGCUGCUAAGGAGGAGAAACGGCCCCUGCCCUCUACUCUGGAGCUCCCCAGCGGCGAGGUGUUUGAGAACGGGGAGAACCCCAACAGCAGUCGCUUCUCCGAGAGUGGCUUCACAGACUUUGUCCAGUACCAGGCCUCUGAGGAACCAGCACCCGCUCUGCCUUCCCUCAAGGUGGGCUGCAGCAGCUCCCUCCCAGCCUCCCAGAACAAGCCGCAGGACAAGCCCGUCAUGCAGUGCUGCCUGGAGCACUUCCAGCACUUUCUAUCCCGCCUGGUCACCCUUUACAUCACCCCGGGGAUGGUAGAGGGAGCUGGGGGCGAGAGGAGCGAUGUGGUGCGAGCGGAACCAGAGGGCGGUGCCCAGCACAACGGGCGUGAUGUGGUUGAGGUCCCGGGGCAAAGAGAGUGUCUGGCGGCCUUUACUGCUGCCUGCCAGCUCUUCCUGGAGUGUUCCAGCUUCCCUGUCUACAUCGCCGAGGGCAACCUCAAGUCAACGCCCCCGCCUAAGGAGCAGACUGACAGCGAGCAGAUGUGUCCUGCCGUGUGGUUGCAGACCCUGAUGGACGCCUGCUGCCUGGCCAGUAACUUCAGCGUCCAGGGCGUGGCCAUCUCCCUGGUCAUGGACCUGGUGGGCCUCACCCAGUCCGUCGCCAUGGUCACCGCCGAGGGCAGCAUCGCCGGUGGCAACCUAGACUCCACUCAGUCCAUGAGCCCUAGCCAGGGCCGUGUUGCUGUGGUGAUCAGGCCACCACUCACACAGGGAAUCCUGAAGUACAUUGCAGAGAAGACAGACUUCUUCAAGGGGGGNCUUGAGGCCCAUGUGAAGUUCUCUGUGCUUUGGCAUCUGACCAGAGACUUGAACAUCACCAAGUCUUCCCCUUUCAACCGCACCUUUGACAGGUCUCUGUUCAUCAUGCUGGACAGUCUAAGUUACUGGGAUGCGUCGGCCAGCGCAGUGGGCCGGGCCUGGCUCAACCAGGUGCUCCAGAGGCACGACAUCGCCCGGGUCCUGGAGCCCCUCCUGCUGCUGCUGCUGCACCCNCUUGAGGCCCAUGUGAAGUUCUCUGUGCUUUGGCAUCUGACCAGAGACUUGAACAUCACCAAGUCUUCCCCUUUCAACCGCACCUUUGACAGGUCUCUGUUCAUCAUGCUGGACAGUCUAAGUUACUGGGAUGCGUCAGCCAGCGCAGUGGGCCGGGCCUGGCUCAACCAGGUGCUCCAGAGGCACGACAUCGCCCGGGUCCUGGAGCCCCUCCUGCUGCUGCUGCUGCACCCCAAGACCCACCGRGUGUCCAUCCAGCGCGUCCAGGCCCAGCGCCACUGGGCCCAGGCGUUCCCUAACCACAACCCCCAGGCCGAACAGGACCCCUCAGAACCCAUCUACAUGAGAGACUCGGGAAUCUCUGACAACUUCAGCCAGAUGCCAGGGGACUCUCUGAAGUCAGGGCUCCGAGGGCUGCCGUUGAGCGACAUGGAGCCCUUCUGCCUGACAGUCAACCCUCUGAGUGACAGCCUGUCCCUGCUCAGCCUGAGCAGUGAGAACCUGGCGCUGAGCGGUGACUACCAUCCCCCUGACCAGCAGGGGGAACCCCACCUCCACGGCUCUGAGUCCAGCGGCUCCCACUCCUCCUCCAUAGACAAUGGCAGCUUCGAGGAGCCAGACGGCACCUGCAGCACAGUGAACGGAUGUGGAUCCGACCAAGUCCCUGUCCUUAUAGAGUCAGACAGUAUGGUUCCUGAUGAGGAGGAUUCACUAGAAGAGGUUGUGUUGUCGGUGUUAAAUGAGUUGAUAGACAAGGUGGUGGGUAUGGGAGAGGAGGAYGGGCCACCUGAAACGCCGUCCCCCCCUGAAGCGUGGGCGCAAACGGACUCAGAUAGCUCCUCAUCAGACACGCAGGCCGGUCUUCGGCUCGAUUCGGGCACCGACGCCCCCUCCCACCGCCUCGAGAUGUUAGCGGGUGGCACCCUGGGGUUCUUCCAUGUCACCCCACCGGACCAGACAGGGGAGGAGUGGGAGAGGCACCGCGAGGGCAUCACUCGCCACAGCUCGUCCCCCUCCAUCGUGACCCUACCGGACAGCUCGGGCCCGGCCGCCCCUCACGACCGGAACCUCCGCUUGGACGUCGUGGACCUGCGGGCCCGUAAGCGCUCCCACAGCAGCACCCAGCUCAGCCUCAAGGGUAAGAUCAUGGAGCGUCUGCAAGACAAGUCCCCCGGCGCCAAGCCCAAGGUCAAGAAGAGCAAGAGGAAGGAGGAGGAGAGGCAGAGGAAGGCCCUGCAGGCCGAGAAGCUCCGGCCGCCCAGCAUCUUCUUCGGAGACAGCCUGGAUCUGGAGAACUGGUACAGCUGCGGAGAAGGUGAGGUGUCCGAGAUCGAGAGUGACACCGGCUCGCCCAGUGGGGGCGGAGACGUGAGCGGGGACAAUGGUCCCAACGGGAGAGUGGGGCGUAGAGCUUCCGCCUCGCCGCCUCGGUUCAACAUCCACCCCCUCUACCAGCACGUGCUGCUCUACCUGCAGCUGUACGACUCAUCCCGCACGCUGCACGCCCUUUCGGCCAUCGCCGCCAUGCUGCGGGCYGCGCCAUCGGACUUCGUGGACGCCAUCUCCACCACCAGCAUCAACAACACCUACACYCCCCAGCUGUCACUGCUGCAGAACCUGCUGGCACGCCACCGCGUCUCCGUCAUGGGUAAGGACUUCUACUGCCCCAUCUCCCAGGACAGCCACUCCCACUCGUUCCGCAGCGCCAUGUUCCUAGAGAUCAUCAUCUCCCUCUGCCUCUACUUCCUGCGCUCCUACUACUCUGCCCACGUGGGCACGGCCGCCACCGACCUGGCGGGCAACCGGGCCAUGCAGCUGACCAGCUUGGAGGUCCUCACCCURCUCUUCAGRGAGCUGUCCAAGGUGACCGGKGGCUCYGCCAAAGGCUUCYCCAGCUUCAUCAGCGACGUGCUGUCCAAGUGUAAGGUCCAGAAGGUGGUGCUMCACUGCCUGCUCUCCUCCAUCUUCUCGGCCCAGAAGUGGCACGAGCAGCGGGCGGCCGGCGUCAACGUGGCCUCCCAGGAGGAGGGUCUCUCAGAGGACAGCGUCAUCAACCUCUCAGAAGAUCAGAUGGARGGCUGCAGCGCCGUUCAGUCCCAGCUGCUGAGGCUUCUCCAGAGCCUGGUGGUGCUGGAYCACAGGGUCCUAGUGCCCGCCGAGGAGGGSGGCGACGGGGGGCCCGUGGUCYUCCCGGGGGGUGUAACAUUAGGGGUMGUAACYUUAGGGACGGGUAGCGGGGCAGGGWCGGGCUUCGAACUGCUGGGKGMCGAGGUGGAGCACAUGAACCCACAGCAGCCAAUGACGUCGCUGCAGUACCUUCACGGGCAGCCUAUCACGGCGCAGGGCAUGUUCCUGUGUGCGGUGAUCCGGGCGCUGCACCAGCACCACGCGUGUAAGAUGCACCCGCAGUGGAUCGGCCUGAUCACGGCCACGCUGCCCUACAUGGGCAAGGUACUGCGCAGGGUGGUGGCCUCGGUAACGCUGCAGCUCUGUAGGAAUCUGGAUAACCUCAUUCAACAGUACCGCUAUGAGACCGCCAUCACAGACACCAGACCUCAGUGGAUGGCCCUGUGCAUCCCCCCAGAUUUGAUUCUAACAGUACUGGAAGGAGUGACGGCUAUCAUCCACUACUGUCUACUGGACCCAUCCUCCCAGUACCACCAGCUGCAGGUGAGUGUGGACCAGAAGCACRUGGCGGAGGCUCGCUCAGGGAUCCUGUCCAUCCUCCACACCAUCAUGUCCUCCGUCACCCUGCUGUGGAGCGUCCUGUACCAGGCCGACAGCACAGACCGGCCAGCUGCCGCCUCCGCUGCGUCCACUUCCAACAUCAACCUGGGAUCCACCAAGAACUUGCGUCAGCAGAUCCUGGAGCUGCUKGGCCCCAUCUCCAUGAACCACGGAGCCCACUUCAUGGCAGCUAUCGCCUACGUGUGGAACGAGAGGAAGCAGGUCAAGACCUCUGCCGCUUACAAGGUGAUCCCCACUGCAAGUGAGGAGCAGUUGUUGUUGGUGGAGCUGGUGCGGUCGGUCAGUGCCAUGCGGACCGAGACCGUGAUGCAGACGGUCAAAGAGGUCCUGAAGCAGCCGCCGGCCAUCGCCAAAGAGAAGAAGCAUCUGUCUCUGGAGGUGUGCAUGCUGCAGUUCUUCUAUGCCUACGUUCAGAGGAUCCCUGUGUCCAGUCUGGUGGACAGUUGGCCAUCUCUGCUGGCCCUGCUGAAGGACUCGGUACAGCUGGGGCUGCCUGCUCCUGGACAGUUCCUCAUACUGGGAGUUCUGAAUGAGUUCAUCCUCAAGAACCCGAACCUGGAGAGCAAGAAGGACCAGCGGGAGCUGCAGGAUGUGACCCACAAGGUGGUGGAGGCCAUCGGAACCAUCGCAGGCUCCUCUCUGGAACAGACCACCUGGCUGAGGAGGAACCUGGAGGUCAAGGCGUCGCCACAGAUCACGGUGGACGGGACCAGCCUGGAGCAAGACGUAGAGGAUCUAAUGCUCACAGUGAUGGAGGCAUCCAGCUUCACUCCAUCAGUGUACAGCGUUCACGCCCUCACACUGCUAGCGGAGGUGCUGGCCCAUCUCCUAGACAUGGUGUUCUACAGUGAUGAGAAGGAGAGGGUGAUCCCCCUACUGGUGAACAUUAUGCACUAUGUCGUGCCCUACCUCCGCAACCACAGUGCCCACAACGCCCCCAGCUACCGGGCGUGUAUCCAGCUGCUGAGCAGCCUGAGUGGGUACCAGUACACCCGGCGGGCCUGGAAGAAAGAAGCCUUCGACCUUUUCAUGGACCACACCUUUUUCCAGAUGGAUUCCUCCUGUGUCAGCCAUUGGAGAGCCAUCAUUGAUCAUCUUAUGACCCACGACAAGACCACGUUUAGAGAUCUUAUGACUCGUGUGGCGGUGGCUCAGAGCAGCUCUCUGAAUCUGUUCUCUAACCGAGACGCAGAGCUGGAGCAGAGAGCCAUGCUAGUUCUGAAUGAGUUCAUCCUCAAGAACCCAAACCUAGAGAGCAAGAAGGACCAGCGGGAGCUGCAGGAUGUGACCCACAAGGUGGUGGAGGCCAUCGGGACCAUCGCAGGCUCCUCUCUGGAGCAGACCACCUGGCUGAGGAGGAACCUGGAGGUCAAGGCCUCGCCACAGAUCAUGGUGGACGGGACCAGCCUGGAGCAAGACGUAGAGGAUCUAAUGCUCACAGUGAUGGAGGCGUCCAGCUUCACUCCAUCUGUGUACAGCGUUCACGCCCUCACACUGCUAGCGGAGGUGCUGGCCCAUCUCCUAGACAUGGUGUUCUACAGUGAUGAGAAGGAGAGGGUGAUCCCCUUACUGGUGAACAUUAUGCACUAUGUCGUGCCCUACCUCCGCAACCACAGUGCCCACAACGCCCCCAGCUACCGGGCGUGUAUCCAGCUGCUGAGCAGCCUGAGUGGGUACCAGUACACCCGGCGGGCCUGGAAGAAAGAAGCCUUCGACCUUUUCAUGGACCACACCUUUUUCCAGAUGGAUUCCUCCUGUGUCAGCCAUUGGAGAGCCAUCAUUGAUCAUCUUAUGACCCACGACAAGACCACGUUUAGAGAUCUUAUGACUCGUGUGGCGGUGGCUCAGAGCAGCUCUCUGAAUCUGUUCUCUAACCGAGACGCAGAGCUGGAGCAGAGAGCCAUGCUGCUCAAACGCCUGGCCUUCACCAUCUACAGCAGCGAGGUGGACCAGUACCAGAAAUACCUACCUGACAUACAGGAGCGGCUGGUGGAGAGUCUGCGUCUGCCCCAGGUGCCCAUCCUCCAUGCCCAGGUGUUCCUGUUCUUCAGAGUUCUACUGCUGCGCAUGUCUCCUCAACACCUCACCUCACUGUGGCCCACCAUGAUCACUGAACUGGUUCAGGUCUUUUUACUCAUGGAGCAGGAGCUUACUGCAGACGAGGACAUGUCAAGGACGUCAGGUCCAUCGGUGGCUGGCCUAGAGACCACCUACUCUGGAGGGAACGGUUUCUCCACCUCCUACAACAGCCAGCGCUGGCUCAACCUCUACCUGUCUGCCUGCAAACUGCUGGACCUGGCCCUGGCCCUGCCCUCAGAGAGCCUGCCCCAGUUCCAGAUGUACCGUUGGGCCUUUAUCCCCGAGGCAUCUGAUGACUCGGGCCUGGAGGUGAGACGACAGGGGACCCACCAGAGAGAGUUCAAACCCUAUGUUGUCCGACUAGCCAAGCUGCUGAGGAAACGAGCCAAGAAGAACCCAGAGGAGGACUGUUCCCUGCGUACUCUGUCCUGGGAACCGGGCCACCUCACCCUGACACUCUACAUGAUCCGCAGCAUGGAGCAGCUCCUCCCCUUCUUCAACCUGCUCAGUCAGGUGUUCAACAGUAAGGCCAGCAGCCGCAAUGGCCCUACCCACAACGCCGCCCCUAGCCACUCUGGCCACUCCUUCCCCAACAAGGAGGGCAAGCUGGAGAGCCAAAAAGUGUUCUGGAGCCGGGCACGGCAGAACAUUGAGGAGAUGGUUGAGAAAGACUUUUUAGAGGGCCUUAUCAAGACGUGAACAUGAGGGACAGAGGGAAAUGUAUUUUCCGAGGCGAUAUAUAUUAAUUAAAAACAUUAGUGAAUAAAACUAAUCUUGUAUAUAAUGGAACAUAUUAGGGACAUAAACCAUGGAACUAAAAAUACAUCUGUUUUCUGUUUUUGUAUUUAUGACUAUUUUACUUUUCAAAGGCUUUUAAUUAUUUGUAUAUAAAGGGCAGCUGUGAAGACUGAUUUUGACAGUUUGUGUAAGCCCUCUGGGACAAUGUGAAGAUGCUGUGCAAUUCUAUAUGGUUGUGACUUACUGAAUUAAAGACUUCAUGAGAUCCA